AUGAGAGAUUGGAGAAUUCAGCAUGUUACCUCUUCACCUGGACAUCAACAAGCGAAUGGAAAAGCUGAAUCGUCCGUGAAAAUUUUCAAGAAUAUGCUGAAAAGGACUGCAAACACGAAUGAAGAUCAAUUUCUAGCUCUUCUAGAAAUAAGAAAUACGCCGCGUCAAGAUUUGAACAGCAGUCCGUCAAAGAUGCUAUUUUGUCGAUCAACCAGAUCGAUUAUACCGACAAUUAUGAAACCAAACGAAAAUUAUGACUCGAAACGCCUGCGCCGAAAGCACAGCGUUAAGAAGAGUUAUGACAAAUCUACAAGACCAAUGCGAGAACUUGAGUUGGGCGAAGCUGUAUAUUUUCAACAUCCAGAACGGAAGGGAUGGAAUAGAGGAACUAUUGUGAAACGAAUUGCUACACGAUCUUACAUUGUCAAAUCGAAGAAUGGUGUUACAUACAGACGAAAUCGUGUUCAUAUCCGUCCUGAUGAAAGUUGUAAUAUCGAAAAAUAUGAACCAAGUAUUCCAUUCUUGUCUGACUAUAAGCCGAACAACCUUCCGGUUGCCAAUGACAAUUCUCGACCUCUGAUUUCGAAUGAUGUUCCAACCAGACCUCGUCGAAAUCGUAAACCUCCUAUUUGGAUGAAAGACUAUGUGACUCAGUAG